UGUAUCAUUUCUCUUACGCAUAAAACUACCAUCUUUAAACUAUCAUUAACUUUCACACACCCAUUUAGUUAUAUAUAUACAUAUCAAAUGAAGAAAACACAGAAAGAGGAGAAAGAAUGGAGAAAAAUGAUGAAAGAGUAAUAAUUGUUGGAGCUGGGCCUUCUGGUCUCUCUGUUGCUGCAUGCUUAACAAACAAAUCUAUUCCUUACAUAAUUCUUGAAAGAGAAGAUUGUUUUGCUUCUCUAUGGAACAAAUAUGCAUAUGAUCGUCUUCACCUUCACCUCAAAAAACAUCUUUGCCAACUCCCUCACAAACCAUUUCCUUCUUCUUUUCCAUCAUACAUUUCUAAGGAUAAGUUUCUCCAGUACUUAGAAGACUACGUUUCUCAUUUCAAAAUCAACCCUCUGUACCACAGAACAGUGGAUGUUGCAGAGUAUGAUCAAGAUUCUCAGAAAUGGAAAGUGAAAGCUAUGAAUAAGGUUUGUGGUGAGAUUGAGGAAUAUGAUGGAAGAUUUUUGGUGGUGGCUACUGGAGAAACUAGUGAUCCUUUUAUACCUGAAAUUGAAGGGUUGAAAAGUUUCACUGGAAAGGUGAUUCAUUCAACUGAGUAUAAGAAUGGAAAAGAGUUUAAAGAUGAACAUGUUCUUGUUGUUGGAUCUGGGAAUUCUGGCAUGGAAAUUGCAUUGGACCUUAUCAACCAUGGUGCCAAAACUUCCAUUGUUGUUCGAAGUCAGUUUCAUUUGAUAUCAAGAGGGAUGAUGGAUUUGGGGUUGUUUCUGAUGAAGUAUUUAUCGUUGGGCACAGUGGACUCACUCAUUGUGAUGCUUAGUUGGAUAGUUUAUGGGGAUAUCACGAAUUAUGGGCUUCGCCGGCCCAAUGAGGGCCCCUUUUAUAUGAAACUCAACUACGGCAAGUAUCCAGUUGUUGAUGUAGGAACCUAUCACAAAAUUAAGUCUGGAGAGUUAAAGGUGUUUCCGACAGAAAUAGAAUGCGUAAGGGGCAAGGAUAUCCUCUUCAAGUAUGGUCAAUUGCAUUCAUUUGACUCUAUUAUUUUCUGUACCGGUUUCAAGAGAUCGACGCAUAAGUGGCUUAAGGGAGAUGAUUACCUUUUGAAUGAUGAUGGUAUUCCCAAGCCGAGUUACCCCAUGCAUUGGAAGGGAAAUAAUGGUUUAUAUUGUGUUGGAUUGUCAAGGAGAGGUUUCUUUGGAAGUUCUGAAGAUGCUGAAAAUAUAGCAAAUGAUAUAAGCUCCAUCAUGCAAAGUCUAUGAAGUUGUGAAACAAUGGUAUAAUAUGGGCAUUCACUACUCAGUACAUUUUUGCAUGAACUUUUAUUUAGGGCACGAAAUAAGUUAGAACUUUACCCCAAAAUUAAAGGAUACUCCAUUAUGUGAUUAACAUGUGUUUUAAUCCAUUUGUGUAUCCUUGUUACUUUUAUGGGAUGUUUAUAGUAUGAAAAUUUUGUACAAUUGUACUUCUGAAAUAAUGAUAUAUGCUAUUU